GCCACACUGGUGGUGUUGUGCGAGAGAAAUUGACAAAAUAUCCAAAGCAAUUAGCAAUUUGAGUGCAAAACGUUUUUUUAUCUACGCGUAAAAAUUGAGUAAUGCUUCAAAAAUCGCUGGUCGCGUUUGCCGUUUGCAUUGUUUAGCACAUACUGAUUCGAUAGAAUGAAUACGAAAAUGCGAUGAGAGCUCGAAAGCUGCUAAUUAAAUUAUAAACAUACAGAAGCGUUAAGCACUGGAACUCGACGUCGACGGCGAGCAGACAGAGUCCAAGCAGCGAGCAUAGUCAAGCCCAAACCCAAAAGUAAUUUCAACAAAAAAACAACACGAACUCAAAUUCAGUUGUGUUACUGUGGCCCAUUUCUAAUUUCAUUUACGCUAAUAGGAGGGAAAAGAGGCAGCUUUCACCAAAUACAAAUCGAGUUUAACUUGGCGGUGGCCGAUGCUCCUUGCAGCAUGUAGAGGAGCAAAGUACAUUAGCUAAUACUUUACACCAGCGGAUCUGUGUAAAUUGACGAAGAAGAAGAUACGAAGAAAUUUGAAGCAACUCCAAAAUGUCCUUCAUAACGAACCUGAAGAAGGUCUUCCACCUCGGUGGUGGGGGCGAGGCCAAGAAAAAGCGCCUCUACAAUAAUAUCAAGAUGGAUACCGAUCCAGCGGAAGUUUGGGAAAUGGUCGGCGAAUUGGGCGACGGCGCUUUUGGCAAGGUCUACAAGGCUCAACACAAGGAAACCAAACGCUUUGCGGCAGCUAAAAUGUGUACACUAGAGGACGAGGAGAACCUCAGUGAUCACAUGGUUGAAAUCGAUAUACUCUCUGAAAUAAAGCAUCCAAAUAUUGUCGAGCUGUAUGAGGCGUUCUCUCUCGAAGACAAGCUUUGGAUGCUAAUUGAGUAUUGCGACGGCGGUGCCCUAGACAGCAUCAUGGUGGAGCUGGAGAAACCAUUGACAGAACCACAAAUUGCCUACGUGUGCAAGCACAUGACCGAAGGCCUCACAUUUCUGCACAAGAAUAAGGUCAUACAUCGGGAUCUGAAAGCGGGCAACGUUCUACUGACUAUGGAGGGUGGCGUGAAGCUGGCGGAUUUCGGUGUGUCUGCCAAAAAUAAACACACGAUGCAAAAGCACGAUACAUUCAUUGGCACGCCGUAUUGGAUGGCGCCGGAAUUGGUACUGUGCGAAACGUUUCGUGACAAUCCGUAUGAUCACAAGGUUGACAUAUGGUCGCUGGGCAUAACGCUCAUUGAGCUGGCCCAGAUGGAACCGCCGAACAGCGAAAUGUCGCCAAUGCGUGUGCUGCUCAAAAUACAAAAAAGUGAACCGCCAAAGCUGGAACAGCCAAGCAGAUGGAGCAAGGAAUUCAAUGAUUUUCUGAAAAAAUCUUUAGUCAAGGAUCCCCAACAGCGACCCACAACAGAUGUGCUGUUGCAGCACGGUUUUAUCAACAGUAAUUUGGAUGCCAAACCCAUCAAAGAUCUACUGCUCGAGUACAAGGCAGAGGUUGUCGAAGAGGUGGUCGACGAUGAGGCUGAGGAACCCCGCAACUCGGCGCUCCAGCUCGACCUGGACGAUGACUCUGCUUCGCUACAGAGCCAAGACAUUGACAAACUUCCAGGUACACCUACAUCCAUAUCGCGGGAUUCCAAAGAGCAAUCCCUUCCAAGUAGUAGUCUACCAGCAACAGCAGCGCCUGCAGCAGCGGCUACAACAACAACAGCAACUACUAAAGCAACAACACCAGACAAACCAAACCACAACAAGGAGGAUAAUGCGGCCGCAGUGGUCGAACCAAUACCAAUGGCGCCUCCACACACUAAAGUGCCGGCACCAGCGCCACCGUCACCAUCCUCACCAGCGACGCAACAACAACCGAAGGUGCCACCAGCUGCUGCUGCACCGCUGCAACCAAAGGCAACUGAAGAUGUUAUUGCAACAGAGUCAAACGAAAAGUCGGACGCAGACAAAAAGCAACACUUUGUUAAAAAGGAAAAAGGCAAAGCGCCUCCGCCGCCAUCGGUUAUCGCUGCUGCGGCAGCUGCCACGGCUGCUGCUACGGCUGCUACUGCAGUUUCAGCUUCUUCAAAGCAGCCCACGGACAGAACUUCGCCGGUGCAGUCUGAAGUGGAGCCGGCUUCAGCUUCGCCUAAGAAAUUGCCAGAGCCAACAGCAGCCAUUGAAGUGAGCAUUGGCCACGAAAUCGCCGAGUCGAGGCCGCAGCCACCUUCCCCGACAGCUUCAUCGAUUAUUUCUGUCCAGUCUGUGGCAUCUACCAGCAGCUCUGGUAGUGCAACGGGAGCAGUGCUGAGCUCUAGCACAUCGUUGAUAACCAUCAACAGCAGUGAUGCUUCACCGGGAUUGCGUCAACAGGUGCCGGCACCGGUGCCACCGCCACCACCGCAGCAUUUGGUGCUGCCGAAUAGUCUGGAAUCGAUCAGUCAAAUCACUGUUGUGACAAGCACACACCCGCCGGUGAUUAUUGAUAAUUCGCAGCAUCAACCGCCGGUGCAAAAUGAGGUCAUCAUCGUGUCGAACGAUUUGAAUAAGAGCACACAUCUGCAUGAGUCAUCCACGGAUGACGACUUCCCCUCGCUGGACGAUAGUCUAGGGGAUCAAGUGAAGCAAUCUUCGAUGAUACUGUCUGUUAAUGAUGGUCCAGAAGGCGCGACGCCAUCUUCCUCUGCUGCGGUUCAUGCUCGCAAGCUGGACGAAAGCGAAGUUCUGAUUGUAAGUCCUUCGUAUGCGGACGAUGAUUCGGCGUAUAAUACUGCGUCCGGCAGUCAUGAUCACAGCGAUCAGCUGUUGCUAAUGGACACCAGUCACGUCUCUGUUGUGACAGUUGGUGAUGAAGUCAUCAAAGUAAAAGACAGCAGCCAUCAGCAGCCCAAUGUCAGUGGUAGCGGAAGUGGCAGCGCAAGCAAUGCACGAAAGCAACCGAACGGCAUUGUCCCUGAGGAUGUAAACAUCAUUGUUAACCGCUUUAAGCCUGGCCAAGAGCAAGAGAAACGCAUCUCGCCCGACAUCAGCCUUGGCUCCAGUUCAAGCGAGAAUGGAUCUGUGCGUGGACGGCGUGGAGUUGAAGUGCAGAUAACAAGCGGUGGCGAUGCAGACAGCAUUGGCACUAACACUAGUCAGGACAGUCGCAACGAGGUGGACAAUAAGCAACAUCAAAUGAUGCCUCCACCCCCGGCCUUUGGUUCUAUAGGCAACAACAGUAACCACUACCACCAUCAGCCGCAGCCCAUUGACGAGGAGGAGGAGGCCGAUGUGGUGGUCAUUCGCCAAAAACCGCGUGUGCCAGCAGCUGCAAAAUCUUCAGGAGUCGGUGGACUAACAAAGGAGGAAAUCGAACUUCGCAACUUACGCAAAAAGACGCGUAAGCGAACUCGUAAAUUUGAAAUUGAUGGCGUGCAGAUGACGACAACGACCAGUCGUGUUAUCUAUGGCGAUGAGGAGAAUGGGCGCAUAUACGAUGAUCAUGAUUUCCGUAAGCAGGAGCUGCGCGAACUGAAAAUGCUGCAGAAACAGGAGAAGAAGCAACAAACAGAACUUCACGUGAAAGAGCAACUGGCCAAGGAACAGCAAGAUCGUCGCUUUGAACAGGAACGCAUCUCGUUGGAGAAAACAUACGAGGCGGAUAUGGAUACAUUGGCGCGGCAGCAUAAGCAAUUGAUCGAAAAGACCGAGCAGACUCAGGAGAAUGAGCUGCGAAGCUCCUCGAAACGCAUACGAUCCGAGCAGGAGCAAGAGCUUAAGAUAUUCCGUGAAAAUCUUAAACAGGAGAUAAGACUGCUCAAGCAAGAAGUUGAUUUGUUUCCCAAAGAUAAGCGCAAGGAUGAGUUCAAGCAGCGACGCACUGCCAUGGAGCUGGAUCACGAAGAGAAGGAGCGAUCUUUCCUCGAUUCCCUGAAAGAGCGUCAUGAGCUGCUGCUACGCAGACUCAGCGAGAAGCAUCGCGAUCACUUGGCCACUAUCAAUCGCAAUUUCUUGCAACAGAAGCAGAACGCAAUGCGCACGCGCGAGGCGCUUCUCUGGGAACUUGAGGAGAAACAGUUGCACGAACGUCAUCAGCUAUCGAAGCGUCAUGUCAAGGAGCUGUGCUUCAUGCAGCGCCAUCAGAUGAUCAUACGUCAUGAGAAAGAGCUCGAUCAAGUCAAGCGCAUGUUGUUGCGCAAAGAGGAGGAUAUGCUCAAGAAGCAAACACUCGAGAAGCGCGCUCUUCCCAAGCGCAUUCGAGCCGAGCGUAAGGCGCGUGACCUCAUGUUCCGUGAAUCGUUGCGCAUAUCGACAAAUCUGGAUCCAGAAAUUGAGCGUGAUCGCUUGAAGAAGUUCCAGGAGCAGGAGAAGAAACGUUAUAUGCAAGAAGAACGUCGAUUUGAGGUCAAGCAUCAAAAGCAAUUGGAGGAACUGCGCGCUACACGUGAAAGCGCCAUACGAGAACUGGAGCAGUUGCAGAAUGAAAAACGCAAGGCACUGGUUGAGCACGAGCAUGCUAAGCUCUCUGAGAUUGAUGAGCGCCUCAAGGCGGAGCUAAGAGAUUGGCGCGAGCAGCUUGUGCCACGCAAACAGAGACUGAAUGUCUUGAUAAGCGCUGCCAUUGACGAGCACGAGAAGCGCUUUGGGCUUGUCUCCAAUCGGGCCGAAUUUGAGGAUCUUGAGGUGGAGCUGCCCCUACGACUGCGCGGCAUCUUCAACGAUCGAUCCGCUCGAUUGCUGCCACGCAACAUCUUCAUCGAUCCCCAACAGUUGCCGCGUUCGCGUUCAUCGCUCUUGAUGCUUGGCGGUGGCAGCGUUGGCAAAUUGGGCAACUUCCGUGGCUCGGCGCCCGAUCUGAGUCGCAGCGUUCCGAGCACGCCGAUAAUGCACAAGCAGCAGCGGGCGCAGAUGAGAAGUGACCUCGUGCUGCAGGAGGAGGAUGAUGACAGCCAUGUUGAGCCAGUGAAAAGAGCAAGUGUCGCCACAAUGCCCGCAAGAAGUGAACUGCGUUUAAUUACACAAAUGCCCGCGGCCAAUGAGAUGGUCAAAGUGGUAACCAGCACGCCACAACUGAACAGUGCCGAGGAUCCCAGUGCCAAACCAGCUAUGAGCACAUUCAGACAGACGACUCCGCCACUGCCCAAGACACCCGACGAGCUUGGCCUGGUGUCGAAUCGAUUUGGCAGGCCCAACGAUGCCAACGACACAGUCGAACUUCGAAUUCGCGAGGGACCAGUGCUGACUGCUCACACACAGCGUCUACUGCACUCCACAUCAUUUGCCAUAAAGCGACCUUCGCUGGCCAGCCGAAGCAGUGGACGAUCAUCGCUGAGCAGUGCACAGUCCAUGUACAACAUGCACGAGCUGAUGUCUUCGACGCGAUAUUGCAGCGACGCAGAAUUGGUUUUCGAUGCAGGACGCAAAGCCGCUGCGCUGCUUGAGGAGGUGCAGCCCCAGUUGCGUUCCACAGUGAAGCCGACGCUUGGCAAUGCCAGCAAUGGCAAUGGCACAGCGUUGAAUUCAACCAGCAGCACAGAUGAUUUCUACCACGACUUGUAUGCCGCCAAGUACCGGUUGCCUCGUGUCACUCAUCGUCAGCUGAGCCUGGAUGAGGAUUCAUCGGCGAUCUGAAUAGGCCGGGAGAGCUAGAUACUGCAAUAUGUCGUCGAGCACCACGAACACUUGCUUCAUUCUUCAAAUUCGAAACUCUUCGCACUCGCCACAUUUCAGCAGACUCUUUUCUUAACACUUUUAUCUUACUAAUCUGAGCUUUGUCUUUCCCUGGAUUUGGUGCUUUCUGGUGCUUAAUCACACAUAUCAUCUUAACUAAUUUGAUACUACAAAUAUCCUUAAACUUAUCUCUGACUAAUCAAUAUCUUCAAUGCAUAUAACACCAGUUUCUUAACCCCGAUAGAUGCCAUUACAAAUUGUUUGCCAAAGCUUUUUUUUUUUUGUUAAUUACAAUAUGAAAUAUACAAAUUGUUUUUAUUAUGUAUUAAUACCAAAGGCUUUAUUGUUUUUGGUAAGCCAAAUCCGGGCUGCCGUCGCAUUCCAUUCAGCAGUAUUAUAAAGAACAGUACUUACAUUCCAAAAAGAAAAAAAAAAAAAGGAAA